CCUGUUGCUCAGCAACAUCAGCGCUGGCGGCGAGUUUGAAGAUGAGCAGCCGCGACACGGAUUUAAACCUAAAAGUAGAAAUUUUGAAGAAAAAGUAUUUAGAGAGAAGGAAACGGGUUUCUGACCCAGUGUUAAGUGGAGAGGAUGACGAAAAGCCUGCAAAGCAUGACGCCGUGGUCAGCAGAAAGGAUGGACACAAAAAUUCAUCCAGGUCCCGGGAGAUGAAAUCUUAUGACAGAGCCCUCAAGGACCUCUUAGAGGUCGUCUCAAGUCGACCUCAGAGACUUGACUCCACUCAGAGUGUUCCUGGCAGUGAAGACGAGCUCAGUGAGAAAAUAAACUCCUUUGAGGAAACCAACAUCCUGUGCACAGAGACAGACGUGACGCUGCCCUCAAACCUGGCGUGCAGCUCCAGCUCAUGCGUGACCGAGCCGGGCUGGUUUGGCAGAGAGAGACUGAGGGACCAAACUGAGGGUUUAAUGAGAAGCCCAACACCUAUAGGACAGGUGUACCAGGAGAUGGUCCAGAUCUAUGAGAAACUGCAGGCAGAGAGGCUGAGUCAGCAGGUCUGGGCAGCAGAGCUGUUUGAGCGCGAGCAGCAGCUCCAGCAGAGAGAGAAACAACUUCUCCAGCACCAAAACACCAUCCACAGACUGCAGGGGGUGGAGGAGGAGGUGCUGAGCCGCAUCAACAACCUGCAGCAGCAAUACCAGCAGGAGAUGGAGAAGCUGAGGGCAGACCUCAAAGAAAAGACCAAAGAGAAUAAAAGGAUCAAAUCCAGUUUCGAUUCCAUUAAGGAGCUGAAUGAUACCAUGAAGAAACAGCUGAAUGAAGUGAGUGAGCAGAACAAGCGGUUAGAGGGCCAGUCACGGAAAGUACAAGCUCGUCUGGACAAUCUGCAGAGAAAGUAUGAUGGCAUGGCGCACAGAGGUCGUGAAAACAUUGCGCCAAAGGCGUUUGACCACAAAGCUUCCAAACAGGCUGGAUCUCAGCCUUCAGUCAAAGCUAGCAAGGGCCCUCUUAGCUCCUCCACAGUGAAGCUGCUGGCCACUCUGCUUGACUGGGUAGUGGACGGCCAGCUGGGGGGAUCAGAACAGGGGAAAAACGAGAGGGAGUUUGAUCAGUAUGGAGUUCCAUAUCAAACUCUACAUGAGCGAUGCUCCAAGGUUCUUCCUGUGCUGGUGGAGCAGCUCCAGCAGGCCGAACUUUCUCUGCAGCUGCCAUUACUGCGCUUUAUCUACUGCAUCCUCGCACAGCUGGAGCACAAUGCACAGCAUCCUCCAUUAACGUCUACUUUGAGGAGGCUGGGGGAGGAGGUGUCUCGUGGGCCAGGAGAGGGCAGUAAGGCCAGGGUCAGUCCACUAUUUAGGACAUCCUGCCUCCACACUCGCUUCUUAUCUACCCUCAUCAUCCUCAAAACCAUCAGCCAGGUGGACAUUUUGGCUCAGGCUCUGGAUGUCCUGCAUGGUGACGUGCGGACAGACGAGGGUCAGGCGUUAUUCCUGAAGUACCAGGCCUCGUCGUCGAUUUUGGCUCUGCUGAGGGCGGGCAGUCCCGGUUUGCUGGCACCAGCAGUAGAAGUCUUGCUGCAGAUGAGCGCCGAGUCACGGCACCAGCUGGCCUUCCUAGAGGCCUGCAGCACUGACCACUUCUUUCGCUGCGUCUCCCUGCUCCUCCGCAACCCGCGUUUGGACCUCAGCCUUGUGGAGAAGCUCAGCAUCCUCCUCCAGAGGCUCUCUGGCAUCAGGAAGAACAGGCGCCUAUUCGAAGCUUGUUCGCUGCACCUGCUCCUGCAGGAAAUGCACAGGACGGCUGACCCGGCUCGAGCUUUCCUCAGCAUCAACCUCAGCUCCAUCCUCUUCAACCUGGGGAUGCCCACACGCUCUUAAGGCAGCAUCCAUCCAUCCAUCCAUUUUCCAAGCCGCUUCUCCGUCAGCAAAAAUUGGAAGUGUAGUUGAUCAGUUUUGCUUCUUUAGUUUUGCACUGAAGCUUCCAAGUAAUGCAAUCUUAUGUACAUCGAUUAGCAUCAAAUUCCAUGCUUGUAUCAUCACACUUCACUUGUCUCAGACCGUGUGGAGUUGUGGAGUAGCUCUAAUAGACCUUAUGAUCCUGUAUGACUUACUGUUAUCCAUUCCUAGCUGAUUGGCAUACAGAAGUUUUAAUGACUUAAUUUUGUUAGCUAUGUUAGCCUUGUACAGUUUUAAACGAAAUAAGCCCACGUUCCUUUGAUUGUGAUCGAGGCGUGGAUGAUUCGGGUUUUUCACCAAGUUAUUCCUUUAACACUUUAAUACCAGCUCUUGCUUCUUCAGUCUGACUGUGCCAAAGUACCAAUCACAGUACUAUUUCUGUAAUGUGAUUAUUUAUUGAUUUAUUGUGAGUCUUUAUUAAAAUGCUUUAAUCAUAGUCAUUCGUUACAGCUAAUGCAGAAAUAUCCAUGUUGUUUUCAGGCUGUGUGAGAUUUAUACCAGCUCUCGGUUGCAGGAGGCUUGAGGAUUUCAACACUACGUUAGCAUAUCACUGUCGAAACAAAACAAAGAUCUCAGUUUUUGUCAUUUCUUUAGAGAAUUUGAAAACGCCAGCUGUCUUUUACAAUGUAGUAAAAUUCCAAUGACCCAAAAAUUACUUGGAGAAAUGAUUCUGUUGACUUCCAUUCAACGUCAAGUAUGUUUUCUUCUGUAAAGUUACCAUUCUGGAGAUAUGAGGUUUUGUCACAGCGCAACUUUAUAUUAGUAUAAAUACUUUUGUCCUGUGAUCUAGUGGGCAUGCUGCUACAUUAAAGACAUUAUUUGUGACCAUUUGCAGCUUAAUUAUGAAUUUUGUUGUCUGUCUCCAUGUACUGAUCAAGACGAUCUCUGGUGCCUUCAGCAGGCGUUCUCCUCUUUUUGCUCUGCCAGUUUGGCUGUUUUUAUAGUGUUUUAUAACCAAAUUAAAUUAUUUUUAAGCAUGAGAGAAGUUGUCAUGUAUUUGUGUCCUUUGGUGUAUUUGUAUAAAUGUGGUUUUGAGAAAGUCUCCUUCGUCUGGUUUGUUUUUACUGCCAUAAAUUGUUAUUGAAUAAAAUGUUUAUUUCUGUUUUAA